AUGCCAAUUUCGCGUAAACAAAAAUUAAUACAGACUCUAGCUGAACAUUACAAAAGUUAUAUUUAUAAAGCAAUGGACGUUACUCAAGAAUCUGUAGUCAAGCGUAAAUCCAUCCGUCGUUCACUGAGACGUAUACCCCAAUAUAUUGCUGCAACUGUUGAACAUUUUUUCUACAGUUUAGGAGUAAACAUAGCAAGGCAACCAAUAACAUGGAUAAUAGGAUCUUCAAUAGUAGUUUUGCUGUGUUUGGGUGGCUUGUACCGUUUUCGUCAAGAAAAAAAUCCACUAAAAUUAUGGAUACCACCUGAUUCAGAUUUUGUGAAAGACACAGAAUGGUUAAUGGAAAGUUUUGAUAAAGGACAGCGUGUUGAAACUGUUAUCAUGACUGCUGACGAUGUUUUGCAACCUCAUGUUUUAGUUGAAAUGAAUGAAAUAAUAAAACGUAUUUUUGCUAUGGCAACUGAUAGUCAACCUAAACUCUACUGGACUGAUGUAUGUUUUAAGAUUCCAAUAAUAUCCGGAUAUACGAAUCGCAGAAAGCGUGACAUAAGAAACGACGAUUUUUUCGAAGAAGAACCAGCAGCACAUUCAGACAAAAUAAACUUCGAUCCAUCAGUUCAUGCUCCGACUAAAAUAUACUGCGAUAUUUUAAAUAAUUUACCGACUGGCUGUCUUAUAUUUAGCAUUCUCGAUUUAUGGGAGUAUAAUUCUCAUUUGAUAUUAAACCAAACCAAAGCUGAUAUUAUUACGAAAAUAAAUUCUAUUAAAAUAAGUCCAACUUUGGGACACCCAAUGAAUUUUACUGAAUUAUUAGGCGGAGUUGUCAUCGAUGACGCGGGUAAAAUUGUAAGCGCCAAAGCUCUCAAGACUCACUGGAUGUUGCACGUAGAUUUUAAAAAAAUAAAUAUGAAUGAUGCAGGCAAUGAUGUUGGAACUUCUGAUUGGGCAACAGUUGAUGUAUUAAAUUGGGAAAAAUCAUUUUUAAAUCAGCUCCACUCAAGUUCUGAGCAUCUAAAAAAUGAAAAUUCAUCAAUAAAGAUAUGGUACGAAGCAGGUCGUAGUUUUGGUGACAUUAGCGCGUCGACAAUGUUCCAGGAUAUUAAAAAAAUUAUUAUAGGAAUAAUAUUAAUGACUCUGUACGUUCAAAUUAUUUUGUCACGUUUCAAUUGGUUAAAGUGGCGUUUUUAUCUAACGAGCGCUGGACUGCUGUGUGUUGGAGGAGCUUUUAUUGUCGCAGUUGGACUCUGCUCUCUAUUCGGUGUUCCUUAUGGACCCGUACACUCUUCACUGCCUUUCAUGCUCAUGGGUCUAGGGGUAGAUGAUAUAUUUGUAAUGAUGGCAUCUUGGGAAGAAGUAUUAUCUCAUCAAUCAAAUCAGGGUAAGCCGAUAGAAGAACGGAUUGGCCGUAUGUUAAGUCAAGCUGGUGCUGCUAUUUCAAUCACAUCUUUAACUGAUGUCGUUGCUUUUAUUAUCGGUGCAUCUACGAUUCUUCCUUCAUUAGAAUCAUUUUGUAUCUACGCAGCAGUUGGUGUUCUGAUAACUUUUUUGUUACAAGUUACAUUUUUCGUAGCAGCAUUUACGCUUGACGUAAAACGAAUUGAGAGUAAACGUAAUGGACUGAUACCGUGUAUAGUACAUAAAAAUCAUCGACCAUUACAAGUUGAUCCAACCAAAACAUUAUCAUGGCGUAUAUUCAAUUGGCUUUACUCCAAAAUAGUAUUAACAUUAUCAGGAAAAAUAGUGGUAUUAAUAAUAACUGCUGCAGUGACUGUAGUGGGGGCCAUCGGUGCUUAUCAUUUGAAACAGUGGUUUGAUCCCAAUUGGUUUUUACCUAAAGGAUCUUAUCUCAGUAAUUAUAUUAGUAUUAACGAUCAACAAUUCCCAAAUCGUGGUAAUCCAGCGGAUAUUUAUAUAUCUGAUAUUGAUUAUCUUAAUGAAUUUCCAAAAUUAAUAGCUGUAACCGAAAGAUUAAAUAACAUGACAACAAUUAUUAAUAGUGUUGAAUCUUGGCCACAUGAUUUCGUUGAUUUUAUUAAACUUUAUUAUAAUCAAGAUUUAAUAAAUAAUAAAACAGUUAAAAUCCAUGACUUUAAUUUUUAUCUGUCAAAGUUUUUAUUUAGCCGAAGCGGAGGUCGUUACCAAAAAAAUUUCCGCUUCAAUGACACGCUGACAUGUGGUAAAAAUGCACCAAAAAUUACGCUUUCCAGUAUAAGUUUUACAUUUCAAAAGUUCACUGGACCAGAUGAAUGGAUACCAGCGAUGGAUAAUGUUAAAUUAGCAGUAAAAGAAAUGAAUUUUAGCAAAUACGCUACAGUAUGGAGCAAAAUAUUUGCAACAUGGGUAACAGAUAAAGUAAUUGCCCAUGAAGUAACGCGAAAUAUAAUGCUUGCGCUUAUUUGUGUAAUGGGUACAACAGCACUGUUGAUUGCUGAACCACAGACGUGUAUUUGGAUACUUUUGUGCGUUAGCUUAACACUUGUUGACAUUUGUGGAUUUAUGUACUACUGGGGAUUAUCUGUCGACAUCGUUUCCUGUAUAGGGCUUGAAUUAGCAGUGGGCUUGAGUGUUGAUUACGCAGCUCACGUAGCCCACGCGUUUUUAAACAGUAAAUCACUUAAUGAUGCCGAGGGCGAUGAAAAUAAUCGUACUGAAAGAGCAUUAAUUGCUGUAAGACAUAUUGGUGCAGCGGUACUUUAUGGUGCUGGUUCAACAUUACUUGCUCAAUCGCUUCUAGCAUUUUCAGAAGCAUACGUUUUCCGUACAUUCUUCAAGAUUUUUUUCCUCGUUAUUUUCUUUGGCGUCUGGCACGGUCUCCUUCUUUUACCAGUAAUUUUAAGCUCCAUUGGGCCACGUAGUCUACAAGUCGAUAAAACUAAAAUAACCAAGAAUAUUAAUAGAGAAAAUAAAGAAAAAACAGACGUAUUAGACAGUGAUAUUGAUCCACAGGAUUUAAAUGAACAAAUAUCUCUCAACACAAUGGAAAGCGAUUAA